AGCACCGGGAGAACUGUAGAGAAUGUGCUGCCUGCACAAAGCACAGAGCUAGCGAGUAGCGAGCAGCAGCGCCAAACAGCCCUACCCCAGCGCUCACCUCCAGGGCUGACCUGGCAGCUGUUCCAAGUUGAGGGGGGGGGGCAGAUGGUUUAUGAAAGUUGGGCUGGGGAGGUACAGUCGGCACAUCCCGCUGCUUAUAGGAUCUCAUCCUGCCAAUCUCCUUGAUUCCCAGCGCUUGGCAGGGUCCGGAUGAGCAGGUGCUGCUCCUGGGGACUGCGCGGUUUGACAGCUCGGGAUGCAGCAGCUUCCUCUGAUCUCCCGGGCGCUUUGUACAUAGAGCAGCGAUCGGGAGCUGGGGGUGAGCGCUCCUACAUGUGCCGACCCAAGCACAGGGGUACUAAGGAGAGUGUUCAGCUUUGUUCAUGCCAGACUACCAGUGUCAUCUGAGGGCACUGCCAUCCUAUUCUCCUUCCCUGCUGUUGGGAAUAGCAGUGACAUGUGGCAAUACAGAUCUAGGCUACUUUUCAUGGGGAUUAUUCAUUAGGGCUUCAUUCACUUUGUUUUUUUGCCUUUGAUAAUCACGUGUCCAAAUUGGAGUGAAAUUCUAGCUGCUCUGAUCUAGAUGCAAAGACUUGUCUGCCCAUGUGCUUUGCCUCAAACUUUCUGGAUGUCCUGAAGCAGUUUGUUCUGUAGGAGCUGUAGCCAACCAGCUGUGCUUUAUCAUUAACCCCACAGUCGCACACUAUAUGGGAUAUGGGUGUGGGCUAGAGGAGCCUGGGUUCCACACUGGAGAUCUAGCUGUAUAAUUAGCCCCAGCUUCUCCUGGCCCACAAGCCAUUUGCCAAGACUGAGUUGAUUGCUGCAAGUUUCCCUUCAGUGCUGAAGAUUUCAGGUUCUAACACAACUUGGAAGAACAAUUUUAACUGUGCCCAAGGCACUUCUCCUGCUGUGGAUUACAGUAUUUAUCUGCCAGCAUCUCCAUCCUUUAUUGCAAUGAAGAGGAAGCAAAAGAGGUUCAUUCAGGCUACGGUGCUUUUCAUGGUGACUUUAAUCCUCCUGCCCAAUAUAGGGCUGUGGUCCAUAUACAAGGAUCGACAGCUCAUGAAAUCUGCGGAUGCAGGGGAUCAGCCAUUUUCUCUGGGAGUGAGUGAGGCUCAGCUCUACACAUGGACAGAUGGCCUUAGAAGAAAAGACUGGCAUGACUAUGAGAGUAUCCAGAAGGAAGCAUUACGCUCAGGGAAAGGAGAGCAUGGAAAGCCAUACCCCCUAACUGAGGAAGAACAGGAUGACACCGUCUAUAGAGAAAAUGGUUUUAAUAUAUUUGUUAGCAACAAGAUUGCACUGGCGCGAUCAUUACCUGACAUUCGACAUCCCAACUGUAAGCACAAACUGUACUUGGAGAGACUACCCAACACCAGCAUUAUUAUCCCAUUCCACAAUGAGGGGUGGACUUCGCUCCUGAGAACCAUACACAGCGUGAUCAACAGGACUCCCGACAGUCUCAUAGAAGAAAUGAUUCUGGUAGAUGACUUCAGUGACAGAGAACACUUAAGGGAAAAAUUAGAAGAAUACAUGGCCUAUUAUCCCAAGGUUAGAAUUGUGCGGACCAAAAAACGUGAGGGGCUGAUCCGAACACGUCUUCUGGGAGCAUCUAUGGCAAAAGGAGAGGUGUUAACGUUUUUAGACUCCCAUUGUGAAGUUAAUGUGAAUUGGCUUCCUCCCUUACUUAAUCAGAUUGCUCUGAACCACAAAACAAUUGUGUGUCCCAUGAUAGAUGUCAUUGACCACAAUCACUUUGGGUAUGAAGCACAGGCAGGGGAUGCCAUGAGAGGAGCUUUUGACUGGGAAAUGUACUACAAACGUAUCCCUAUACCUCCAGAGCUUCAAAGAACUGAUCCCAGCGAGCCUUUUGAGUCUCCUGUAAUGGCUGGAGGUUUAUUUGCUGUUGAUCGAAAAUGGUUUUGGGAGCUUGGCGGCUAUGAUCCUGGGCUGGAAAUCUGGGGAGGAGAGCAAUAUGAAUUAUCGUUUAAGGUGUGGAUGUGUGGUGGAGAAAUGUUUGACGUGCCUUGUUCCAGAGUAGGUCACAUAUACCGCAAGUACGUGCCUUACAAAGUGCCAACAGGAACAAGUCUUGCAAGAAACCUGAAGCGAGUGGCUGAGACAUGGAUGGAUGAGUAUGCAGAGUACAUCUACCAGAGAAGGCCAGAGUACCGACACCUUUCUACUGGAGACAUAUCGUCCCAAAAGGAGCUCCGCAAGCAUCUCAAGUGCAAGGAUUUCAAAUGGUAUAUGUCUGAAGUAGCGUGGGAUGUACCAAAGUUCUACCCACCAGUGGAGCCACCACCUGCUUCUUGGGGAGAGAUUCGUAACGUGGCAUCCAAUCUCUGCAUUGAUAGCAAGCACGGGGCAACAGGAACAGAACUGAGACUGGACACCUGCGUGAAAGACGGAUCAGAGAGAACUUGGUCACAUGAACAGCUUUUUACCUUUGGAUGGAGAGAGGACAUACGCCCGGGGGAACCUCUUCACACAAGAAAAUUCUGCUUUGAUUCAAUAUCCCAUAGCAGCCCUGUUACACUAUAUGAUUGCCAUGGCAUGAAGGGUAACCAGCAGUGGAGCUACAGGAAGGAUAAAACAUUAUUUCACCCUGUCACCAACAGCUGCAUUGACUGCAACCCAGCUGAAAAAAAACUCUUCAUGAACAGAUGUGACCCUCUCUCUGAAACCCAGCAGUGGAUUUUUGAACACGUUAACAUGACAAUAUUACAGAAAUUCAACAUCUACAAUAAUUCCUAGGAAACCCAACAGGCUGCUGCUUAGUGGGCCACAAUCAUGAUUUUGAUUUCUGAGAUCCGGGACUCCACAUCCUGAGGAUUAGCGGAGACGCCUGCGGAAAGGCGGCCGUUACAAGAUGUCAUAUCCAACAAGCUUGGAGGAAAAUGUGAAUCAUUGCAGCUGCUGAGAACUUUGUUUCCUUGCUGGUCAAGGGUGAUAUUGAACUUUUGGAACAAUGUUCUAUGCUACCACGGAAAAAUGCAUUUUAAACCUUACUCAGGACACAUCCUGCUGUAGUGUGUAGCUGUGGAUGGCAACUAGUGGAUUAUGUUCUUCCUUUUUUUCUGGGUGGGGUUGGGUAUGGACUGCAUGAAUACCAUGAGUCAAAUCCCACUGCAUUUAUACUUUGCAGCCAAACACUAGCACAGCUUAGGGAUAUAGGACAAAAAUGAAACAUGGGGCUGAUUUUCCUUUCCUAAGCUUAUAAGGUUAGCAGGUUUAACUAUCAGUCACCACGUACAAGGUAACCUGAGACUGUUGUAACUGUUGUUCAGCUAUAAUUCCCAGACUGGGAGAUACAACUGAACAAUCUCUGGAAAACCAUUGGUUACUCGUUUCUGAUCUACACACUGGAAGGAGGAUAUAUUUGGUGUACAUGGAAUGGACAUGAAUUUUCAUUUCUUCCUUAUAUAUUUGAAACAUUUUUUAAUUGAAAUAAAUAGAAUAAAAUCUUGUAUGAUUAAAAGA